UUUUAAAGACGAUUUCUGUGAUUGAGUUGUCAUUUGGAAGACUAAAUCUGUUUCAAGAGCACUUGGAACUGGACUUCGCCUUGAGGAAAAGUGGCUUAUUUCAAGAAGCCACUUCUGGUCUAAGAAUUUACCCAACAUGCCUAAUCAAGGAGAAGACUGCUAUUUUUUUUUCUAUUCCACAUGCACCAAAGGUGACAGCUGCCCAUUUCGUCACUGUGAGGCUGCACUAGGAAAUGAAACUGUUUGCACAUUAUGGCAAGAAGGGCGUUGUUUUCGACAGGUGUGCAGGUUUCGCCAUAUGGAAAUUGAUAAAAAACGCAGUGAAAUUCCGUGUUAUUGGGAAAAUCAGCCAAUGGGAUGUCAAAAGCUAAACUGCGCUUUCCAUCAUAACAGAGGACGUUAUGUUGAUGGACUGUUCCUACCUCCAAGCAAAACUGUGUUACCCACUGUGCCUGAGUCGCCAGAAGAGGAAGUAAAGGCUAGCCAGCUAACAGUUCAACAGAACAAAUUGUCUGUUCAAUCUAAUCCCUCCCCUCAGCUGCGGAGUGUUAUGAAAGUAGAAAGUUCAGAAAAUGUUCCUAGCCCUACACAUCCACCAGUUGUAAUCAAUGCUGCAGAUGAUGAUGAAGAUGAUGAUGAUCAGUUUUCUGAGGAGGGUGAUGAAAGCAAAACACCUACAUUGCAACCAACCCUUGAAGUUCAUAAUGGAUUGCGAGUGGCUUCUGCCCGGAAACCUGGAGUUGGUUUAAAGCAAGGUGAAUGUUUGAAUUUUGGAAUAAAAACUCUUGAGGAAAUUAAAUCAAAGAAAAUGAAGGAAAAAUCGAAGAAGCAAGGUGAAGCCUCUUCAGGAGUUUCCAGUGUUACACAUCAGCCUCAGCCCAUUCCAGGUCCUGAAAAAGAGAAUGUUCGGACUGUGGUGAGGACAGUAACUCUGUCAAGCAAACAAGGAGAAGAGCCCUUGGUGAGACUGAGUCUUACUGAAAGACUAGGGAAACGAAAAUUCUCAACAGGUGGUGACAGUGAUCCCCCGUUAAAGCGGAGUCUUGCACAGAGGCUGGGGAAAAAAGUUGAAGCUCCGGAAACUAACGUUGAUAAAACACCAAAGAAAGAGAGAGUUAGUAAAACUGGUGAGAUCCACGUGAAGACACUGGAAGAAAUUCUUCUUGAAAGAGCCAGUCAGAAACGUGGAGAAUUACAAACCAAACUCAAGACAGAAGAACCUUCAAGAGCUGAUGAUUCUACAUCGGGAGCAAAAAGCUCUUCCACUGUGCGGAUCAAAACCUUCUCAGAAGUCCUGGCUGAAAAAAAGCAUCGACAGCAGGAAAUUGAGAAACAAAAAUCCAAAAAGGAUGCAAGUUGUAUCAAGCUAAAGACAGAUACUGAAAGUAAAAAGACAGUGGUUUUGCCACCUGUAGUUGUCAGCAAAGGACAGUCAGAGGAGUCUGCAGGAAGAGCAAGGUCAAUGCAGGAGGUGCAUAUUAAAACCCUGGAGGAGAUUAAACUGGAGAAGGCCCUGAGGGUGCAGCAAAGCUCUGAGAGCAGCUCCAGCCCCCGGCCUCAACCUGAAGCCCCCCUAGGGGCAAAGAGGCUGCUCCGAAUCUCCAAAAAACCAGGUAUGAAAGAAGAGAAAAAACUGGAGGAUGGCAAUGAAGUUGCUUCUCAGAGCAAUGUGACUAGGACAGAGGCUAAUGAGACUUCAGAUGAGACUACAGGGGAUAUCACUAAAGUUCCAGUCAAGAGAUGUGACACCCCAAGAGAGAAGCACAUGCAGAAACAGCAGGAGAAAGAGGCCUCACAGAAAGAGAAAUCAGUCUUGACACCUCUCCGGGGAGAAGGAGCCUCUUACUAUACUCAAGUAGUGGAAAAACCAGUGCUCACUGCUGUAUCAGGCAUCACACGGCACCUGACCAAGCAGCUUCCCACAAAGUCAUCCCAGAAAGGGGAGGUAGAAACCUCUGGAAUUGGGGACUCAAUAUUGAAUGUGAAAUGUGCAGCACAGACUUUGGAAAAAAAGAGUAAAGCUAAGCCCAGAGUAAAUGUGAAGCCAUCUGUGGUCAAGGUUAUUUCAUCUCCCAAAUUGGCUCCAAAACGCAAGGCAGUAGAGAUGCACCCUGCUGUCAUCGCAGCUGUGAAGCCACUCGGCUCCAGCAGUGUCCUGCAGGAAAGCCCAGCCAAGAAAGCAGCUGUGGCUGUUGUUCCACUCCUGUCUGAAGACAAAUCCGUCACCGUGUCUGAGACAGAAAAACCUAAAGACAGUUUUGUGCUGCCUUCGACCCAGUCUUCUUCGGAGCCCUCACCCCCAGAAGUAUCUGGCCCUUCCUCAUCCCACGUGGUUGCAAAACCUCGCCGACUGAGCUCUGCCUCAACAGGAAAGCCUCCACUCUCUGUGGAAGAUGAUUUUGAGAAAUUAAUCUGGGAAAUUUCAGGAGGGAAAUUAGAAGCAGAGAUCGACCUGGAUCCCGGGAAAGAUGAGGAUGACCUUCUGCUUGAGCUGUCAGAAAUGAUCGAUAGCUGAAGGUGAUUGUGAGAGCACUUAAAACAACUCAUCAAAAAACUGGACUUAGAUUCAUCUAUUUUAACUUUUACCUGAGGUGAUCAUUUCUUUAGUGUUGAAUUUGCCUGAAAUCAAAAGUAUACCUCUGAAGUACCUGUAUAUGUCCUGGAUUCUCUUGGGGUCAGGUCUUUUAAGUCCCUUGAUAACCAUUUUGUGUAUUUGAUGCCAUUGUUUAGCAUCUUUAAGAAGAAAGUUCUGUAAUACCCUUCUCUCCACAAAAAUGAGACUGAGCGAUCCAGAUAAACAGGGUGCAAGAGAACUCAGUGACUCCUUGAGGUGUUUGUCAGUUUGGGCUGUUUUCCUCUUUGCUGUAUUCUUUUAUGUAUUGUCUUAAUGUGCUUAAUAUUAUCAGAGUUUAAAAUGAAGACAGCUGCUACCAUUGUGGACCAAAUUUCAUGCUACCACUAAACAAAACCCCACUCAGUCUGUGUUAAAUUGUAUGUCUUUUUAAAGCUAUUUGGAGACUCAUCUAAGCUUUAAAGAGGGCAGAGCAGCUCAAGAAACAUGAGAUAUGGUUGUAACUCCUUGGACCUAAUCUCGAUGCUUUAGCUGCUCUGUAAGCCUCUCAAGAGCAAUAGCUAAUUUAUUAUUACUGUAAUUUUUUAAAGGCUUUAAAGUGCCUCAGGGGUCCCCUGAAACUAAUUUUCUACUUCUGGGAUUCCCUGGAUUCUUUAUAAGAGAUGGUGAUAUGACUAGGGAAAUUCUUUUUUAGUGUGAAAAUUGUCCCUUUUCUUCAAUUGUCCGUUUUCUGCCCUCUUCUUCUGGCAUUGAAUUAUCACAGAGACAAAAUUUGGUUAAUUUUUUAUUUCUAGCUCUCCCAGCUUAGUAUUUAUUUGAUGUCCCUUAACCAUGGAGGAAGAAAAAAAAAAAAAAAAAAAAAAA